UUACACGGUAGUGUCCGGGGUGGCGCGCCUGCUGUGCUGGUACUUGACACCGCGAUGGCAGCAGGAGCAGCCUGCGGGGCCUGAGCGCACACACACCGGGCGCAAGAAGCAACGAAACACGGCGCGCUAAAGACACAGACUAACCAUGGGACACGGAGUGGGUUGAGCUAGAGGGUCUAACAACAGACACCAGUCCUUGCCACUCUGGUGAAUGACAUGGCCACGGCCUCACCGAGAUUGGAAUCUAGCCAUAAUCACAGAGGAACAUCACAGCUCCAUGCCAUUGUUUCCUGUGCCAAGCUCAAGAGGAAGAAGAGCCUGUUUGGAACAGCCAUUUAUGUGGAGGUGACAGCGGAGGGGGAGUCGCGCCGCACAUCCAAAUCUCACAGCUCAUCCAACCCCAAAUGGGAAGAAAGUGUCACUCUGAAUGUAACGCCGCACACACAAGUGGAUUUCAAAGUAUGGAGUCACCACACUCUAAAAGCAGAUGCUCUGCUGGGCAAAGCGACACUGGGCCUUGUAGAAGUAUUGGAACAGCAUUGCAGAAAAUUGGAAAAUGUAAAGGAGGUGCUGAAACUGAGCAUGGAGCAUAAAGGCGCUCCAGUGCCCACAGGGGAGCUGACGGUGUACCUCAAUGGACUGACUCUCACUGACCAGGAGGAGCUGGUAGCACUUACCAGUGGCAACACUGCAGAUAGCACCAAAGUUCAACACAAUGGAGAUGCCAUCCAUGAAAAUGGAGACUCAUCUUCCACUUCCUCAAGGGCUGCCAACAGCACAGUAAAUGGUACAGAUUUGGGCAUCAGGUCUGGUUCCCGUUCAGUGUCCAAUGGUGUGGAUGAUGAGGUGCCUUCCAGCUCCUGCAGCCCUGCCCUUGAUCCAGUAGUUAAUGGAGUUCCCACACCCAACUCCACCCCAGUCCAUCAACCAUCAGAGAGUGAUUCGGAGAUUGGGAGAGUCAAUGGAAUGUCCUGUGAUUAUGCACUUGGGCCUUCCUCUGGUCCAGCAGAUGAUGUGCUGCCCCCUGCAGAUAACCAUGAUGAUUGCAGCGAAGAUGCUGUCCUGUCAGUCUCGACACCAGAUAUCACAUCACCACCGUUACCGUCGUCUUCUUCGACAGUGUUAAUGGCCUCCUCUUCUUCUGCUAAUGCUGUUGGUGGUGCUGCUGUCGAUGUACCCGCCACCUCCACACCUCAAAUGGACACCACCACCACAAGUACAUUAUCAUCAUGCACCUCCCCCACACAAAGAGAAAGGAAUGUAUCAGGAGGAGGUGGUGGUAGCAAUAGUAGCAGUGCACCUGUGUCAACAGAUGGGGCGAAGCCCAGGCAGCAGACACCCAAUACUGGUGGCUCAGAUCCUCUGCCACCAGGGUGGGAGCAGAGGAAGGACCCACAUGGGAGAACAUACUAUGUAGACCACAACACCAGGACCACCACCUGGGAGAGACCACAGCCUUUACCACCAGGUUGGGAGCGUCGAGUAGAUGACCGAGGCAGGAUCUAUUACGUGGACCACAACACCCGCACCACCACAUGGCAGCGCCCGACUAUGGAAUCGGUCCGCAAUUUUGAACAGUGGCAGAGCCAGCGCAGCCAGUUGCAGGGAGCUAUGCACCAGUUUAACCAGCGAUACCUCUAUUCAGCAUCUAUGAUGUCUGCUGAGAAUGAUCCUCUUGGCCCUCUGCCUCCUGGUUGGGAGAGGCGUGUGGACUCAAAUGACCGAGUGUACUUUGUCAACCAUAACACCAAGACAACACAGUGGGAAGACCCUCGAACUCAAGGGCUACAGAAUGAAGACCCGCUACCGGAAGGCUGGGAGAUCCGGUACACAAGGGAAGGCGUUCGCUAUUUUGUUGAUCACAACACCCGGACAACCACUUUCAGUGACCCGCGCACUGGAAAGUCCUCUGUCACCAAAGGCCCUCAGAUUGCUUAUGAACGCAGCUUCCGUUGGAAGCUUGCACAAUUUCGCUACUUGUGCCAGUCCAAUGCUCUCCCUAGUCAUGUGAAGAUCAAUGUGGCCCGACAGACACUGUUUGAAGACUCUUUCCAGCAAAUUAUGGCCCUGAAGCCUUACGACCUAAGAGCGACUCUAUGCAUCUUCAGAGGUGAGAGGGUCUAGACAUACGGCGGCUUAGCCAGAGAGUGGUUCUUGCUGUCACAUGAGGUGUUGAACCCCAUGUACUGUCUGUUUGAGUAUGCUGGCAAGAGCAACUAUUGUCUGCAGAUCAAUCCAGCCUCAACUAUUAAUCCUGACCACCUCUCCUACUUCUGCUUCAUCGGGCGUUUCAUUGCAAUGGCACUUUUUCAUGGGAAGUUCAUUGACACGGGCUUCUCCUUGCCUUUCUACAAGCGCAUGCUGAACAAGAAGCUAAUCCUUAAAGACCUGGAGUCCAUUGACCCUGAGUUCUACAACUCACUCAUUUGGAUCAGGGACAACAAUAUUGAAGAAUGUGGUCUGGAAAUGUACUUCUCUGUGGACAUGGAGAUCCUGGGAAAGAUCACAUCUCAUGACCUGAAACCUGAUGGCACCAAUGUUUUAGUCACUGAGGAAAACAAGGAAGAGUAUAUCAGCCUGAUGGCAGAGUGGAGGUUUUCCCGUGGGGUCGAAGGUCAGACCAAAGCUUUUUUGGAUGGUUUUAAUGAGGUUGUUCCCCUUCAGUGGCUCCAGUAUUUUGAUGAGAAGGAGCUGGAGGUGAUGCUUUGUGGCAUGCAGGAAGUGGACUUGCAGGACUGGCAGAGGAACACAGUGUAUCGUCAUUAUACCAGGAACAGCAAACAGAUCAUCUGGUUCUGGCAGCUGGUGAAAGAAGUGGACAAUGAGGUGCGAUUGCGGCUAAUGCAGUUUGUGACUGGAACCUGCAGACUUCCUCUGGGUGGCUUUGCUGAACUAAUGGGAAGUAACGGGCCGCAGAAAUUCUGCAUUGAGAAGGUGGGGAAGGAUACCUGGCUUCCUCGAAGCCACACAUGUUUUAACCGUCUGGACUUGCCCCCAUACAAAAGCUUUGAACAGUUGAAAGAGAAACUGCUCUUUGCCAUCGAGGAAACAGAAGGAUUCGGCCAGGAAUAGGCUGAGUCCCCUUCAGCGCUCCUCCCUUUCCCAUCGCUGUUUAUUCAGCCAAUUUAAAGUAACUAUAGAAUUGCACAGGAUAACAACCAAUGUAUAUAAGCUAGCUAUUUUGUCAUUUUAAACCAAAUCCUAAUUUACAGGGUUUUUUUUCUGUCUCAAUCCCAUUUCCCAGCCCCUGCACAUUAAUGAUUAAAUAUGCAAGCAUUUUCAGCAUUAUUGCUCCUGUUUUCAAAACAGAUUUUUUUUUUUUUUUUUUUGAGCCUCUUCACUGUUGGCUGACUUUUUAAGAGACUGAAAGUACACUUGAGAGGAUUUUAUAAUCAAAACAUGACCUAGUUUUUAAAGCUCUAGUUCUAUAGAGCUUUUAAAGGGUGUGUUUAGGAUCAGUAUCUGGUGCCUGAGAUUGAUUUUUCAUUGAUCCAUUAGCAAAUUUCUGGAGUAAUUUUCAUGUCCUUGCUUGGCUGCCUCAAAAGACAAGAAGACUGUGGUGAUCACCUUCCUCUACUCAGCAGUGUCUCAAAAGUAUUCGAACUUUCAUUCCAUCAAACAUUCAUUGUGUUAUGGAUGGACUCCAGUGUCCCUCGGUCACUGUGCUAAGGUGGACUAUUCUGCAUUAAAAUGUCCAAUUUCUGUUGAAACCAUGAGUUGUGUGUGUUGUGGCAGUGGCAACUAUGGCAGGUUUACCAGAGAAGCUGCAGUCACCUACCGUAUUACAACGGCAAAGAAGAAGGGCUCCAUUUGGCAAGUGUAAUGAACACGAUCAUGACAUUCAAAGUUGCCAUUUAAGUAUCAACACGUGAAAUUAAAAACGCAACUGAUUGCAUGACUCAGUUUGUGUUUCACAGCAUCCUGAUUAUAUAUUUGCCUCUGAAUUUAUGGCCAUGUUGUGAACUGUACACAGCCCACCAUGCUUAAUUGAGAUCAUGUUUGUUUCGAUGCCCAAAAUGCCGUGUGACAGUGACCACGCCACACACACCCCACCAGUUCAAGAAUGUCAUGAUUUAGUACAUUUCUUGAGAUGUUUUGAGGUAAAAGCUUGAACAAUAGUGAAAUAAGUUUAAAAAAAAAAAGCCCUGUUCCAGUCUUGAAUGGCUUGAAUGUAGUAUUAUGAAUACUGAAAUACCGCAUGCAUGCAGGCAUCGUCUUAGAGCACAUUGUUUGUCUCCAUCUCACUGUGUCCUUUGCACAUUCCUGUGUGAGGCCAGCCACCUGCAUUUCUUCCCUCAACAUGUCCAUAAGCCUUUUUGGCCUUUCUCUUUUCCUGCUGCUUGGCAGUGCCAUCCUCAGCAUCCUUCUCCAGAUGUACCCUGCACCUCUCCUCUGCAUAUACGCUCGCCUCUUUCACUUUGUUUCCUAAUGGCCGUAUCACCACUGUCCCUCUGAUAUGCUCAUUCUUAAUCCUGUAGAUUUUGGUCACACCUAAGGAAACAGCAUCAUCAAGCUCUACCCCCUCCAGCUCCGCCUCCAUUCUUUUGUCAGGGCCACCGCCUCAUACAACACUGCUGUCUUCUAAAUUUUCUCUCACCUGUGCAGAUACCCUUCUUCUUCACCACUCUGCCACACUACACAUUAGAUUGAGUAGAUGACCCAAAGUACCACACUCAGAAGCUUGAAGAUGAAUUUCUGCCUGUACAGUCAAAAAAAAAAAAAAGAAAGCAGGAUUCAAAAUGCCCUGGUCAGCACCAGGUGCAGAACACUGUUCAGUUUAUUUACUUGAGCCCCGCACAGUGAUUUGCUGUUUUGGUGAGGAGGCCUAAUUGACAGUUAACUGGUGGUUUCAGAAAAGUAGAAAAUGCGUACAGAAGUAGCCAUGAUGAUGUGUUUUUUUGUUUUACUCUGCUCUUUGGUGCUUUAGGAGACAUGCCCCACUUUGUUCUUUUUAUUUUUUAUUUGAACGAUUCUGGUGCUUACCGUUUCAGUCAGUGGUCUGCAUUGCAGGAGAAACAUUGGCAGUGGCACACCACCGUUUAGGAUUUUUCUAGGUUUUUGUUUUCAGACUGCUGCGAGCAGCAGCAAAACUUUUUCCAAGUUAGAGCUUGUGAUUAGUUAUCAGUCAUUUAUCUAAAAUGGAUUUAGUGUGAAGAGAGACAAGAAGAGGAACAUCCACUGUAGCAAAAGGAGCAAGCAUAAGAAAAGUCACAAAUGGCUUCACUUUGUGCUUCCUUUUGAACAGAACUUUAAUCAAAGACAAUUAACUGUAUGUGAAUAUCCAUUGUAUAAAGAUAAUGAAAGUACUUAAAUAUUAUAAUUAAUACACAGAGCCUCCAGGUCAUUGAUGAAAGUCUGUGAUGCCUUUCUUUUUAUCAGAAGUGGAUGUUUCAGGUUGCCCUCCCUGUAGCAGGUAACUAGAGUAAGUAAACCUUGGACAGUAGUAACCUGUCAAAGUAAAACUUAUUCGUGAUAUGCAGCAGGAGAGUCGUUAUUGUGCUGCCUACAGGUUUGGGUUAUCUGAAGUGUUUCCAAACUAACAUAUCGCAUGUAGAUACACUGUAAACACCAACGACACUGUACAGAGUGCCCCUUUACUGGAGACGAUGUGUAUAGAAGAUUCAUUUUUAAUCUGCUUUCACCCAUUUUGAUGGAGAGAUGGAUUUAUGAGAUACAAAUAAAUACAUGAAUAACCCC